UAUCGCGAUACUUGCGCGGCGGAGACGCCAUCCUGCCCGCCGGGGUUGCGUAGGUUGCUAACGCGCCGGCCGGCUGCGAGCGGGGAGCGGAGCCUUCCGGGCGGAGGCUCCUGCCGGGGCUCGUCGAGGAGCGCGUGAGGGUCCGCUGGGUUUGAUUGAAAGGAUGGACUGGAGUGGAAAACAUAAUGGGCCAAAUGAUACAGCUAAUGAUGGAACAGUAGUACGACUUCGAGGUCUGCCAUUUGGUUGCAGCAAAGAAGAGAUUGUUCAGUUUUUCCAAGGGUUGGAAAUCGUGCCAAAUGGGAUAACAUUGACGCUGGACUACCAGGGGAGAAGCACAGGGGAGGCCUUCGUGCAGUUUGCUUCAAAGGAGAUAGCAGAAAAUGCUCUGGGGAAACACAAGGAAAGAAUAGGGCACAGAUAUAUUGAAAUCUUCAAAAGUAGUAAGAGUGAAAUCAGAGGAUUCUAUGACCCACCAAGAAGAAUGAUGGGACAACAACGACCUGGACCAUAUGAUAGACCAUUAGGAGGAAGAGGGGGUUAUUAUGGAGCUGGGCGUGGAAGUAUGUAUGACAGAAUGCGUCGAGGAGGUGGUGGAUAUGACGGUGGAUACGGUGGCUUUGAUGAUUAUGGUGGCUAUAAUAACUAUGGCUAUGGAAAUGAUGGCUAUGAUGACAGAAUGAGAGAUGGGAGAGGGAUGGGAGGACAUGGCUAUGGUGGAGCUGGAGAUGCAGGUUCAGGUUUCCAUGGUGGUGGUCAUUUUGUUCACAUGAGAGGACUGCCUUUUCGAGCAACAGAAAAUGAUAUUGCUAAUUUUUUUUCACCGUUGAAUCCUAUAAGAGUUCACAUUGACAUUGGAGCAGACGGAAGAGCGACUGGAGAAGCAGAUGUGGAGUUUGUAACACAUGAGGAUGCAGUAGCUGCCAUGUCCAAGGAUAAAAAUCACAUGCAGCAUCGAUAUAUCGAGCUGUUCCUGAAUUCAACUGCUGGAGGUGGUUCUGGAAUGGGAGGCUAUGGCCGAGAUGGAAUGGAUCAAGGUUAUGGCGCAGUUGGUAGAAUGGGAAUGGGUAGCAAUUACAGUGGAGGGUACGGAACUCCUGAUGGCUUAGGUGGAUAUAGUCGUGGCAGCGGAAAUAGUGGAGGAUACUAUGGGCAAGGCAGUAUGGGUGGAGGAGGAUGGCGUGGAAUGUAUUGAAGGAUGGCCUUGCUUCUUCAAAAUACCCUGGAAGAAACAGUCUCUGGUCUACUAGACUUUCUUACAAAAUUUAAUUUCUUUUGUAUUUUAAGAACUUUAUAAUGACUGAAGGAAUGUGUUUUCACAAUAUUAUUUGGUAAGCAACAGAUUGUGAUGGGAAAAUCUGUUUUCUGUAGGUUUUAUUUGUUGCAUACUCUGACUUUAAAUAAAUUUUUAUAUUCAAACCACUGAUGUUGAUACUUUUUAUACUAGUUACUCCUAAGGAUGUAUUACAUAUUCAAGAAUACAGUUGGUUUAAGAUGUUGUACUACUCUUGGUUCAAUAAAGGUGGUUGUACUGUGACUCUUAAAAACACUGAUUUAGUUCUGUGUAAUCUUGGUGUAGUGAAUGAGUUGAAAACUUGACUUGUUUAAAGGAGAAAGGUAGUUGAAUAGAUUAGUUGAUUUGGUUACAACCUCUCCUAAAUUCUUUUGAUAAGUUGUGUGUAGUAACCUCCUAACACAGCAUUAAGUUAAAAAAAGGUAUGGAGACUAAAAGUUGUAGUUUCAGCUUCCUUUCUUUUAGUAUCGGAAUCUACUGUGAUCUUUAAACAUACAAGUACGUAAAUGGGUAGUGACCAAGUUCUGUGCAUCCACAAAACUGAGCAACAAUGUUAUAUUUUUCAGUUUGCUGUAGAAUUCUAGAAACUGCAUUUCACGUCUUCACAUUCAUAAAUGUGCAAAUCAGUUGCUUAUCAAUCAAACUAAAGCAUUAUUAGCACAGCUCAUCUUUUAGUUAGCAUAAAAUAGGUCAAGUACUAGUUAAUUUGAAAUGAUCUACUUGAUACUUCCUUUGAAAAAAGCACUGCUUCUGGGAAGAUUGGGGAAUUUCUAAGCAGGUUAGAUUAUUUUUUUCCCCUUUAUAAACCACUGUAUUUAAACAAUUUUCUCGCUCCACACAGCUGACAGUUUUCUUGGCAAGCUUUGAACAAAGCCAUUACAUGGGUGAGCAAGAAUGCCUCUAAAAUAAAAAUGGAUGUAAGCCUAAUACUAAAUAAUUAAAACAUGCAACCCAAAACACUGAUAAAGUUUUUGUGCAUUUAUGACAUGUAAGAUAUGUGAGAAAGACUGUUUGAAGACACUUAACAUACCUGCUGUGUAAUGAAAAAAGGUAUUUCAUAUUUAUUCUGAGCUGGUGUGAUCUCCCAAAUUAACUGCUUGUCCUCAAUGCCUCCUUGCAAUGUCAAAUGUGAUCCUGGGUACUAAAAGUCUGUCACCUGUUUUGCUAGUACUGUGUUAUAUAUGUAAUAAAUGUCUUACUGUGGGAGAGUAGAA